CAAGCAGGAAGAACGUUCUCUCGCAGGGGCUCGCACUGAUCCAAGUUAGGAGCUUUCAGCUGCCAGCCUUGGCCCAUCAUGUAAGUGCUGCGGAGAAUUCUUUGCAGUGCAAUUGCAAAAUUACCUCUUUUCCCGUCGCCUGUGGGGGCUGUGCAAUUGUAACACCGCUCUUUGCACGGACACGCACGCCUCGGACGCAAAAAGGCUCCAAGUGCAUGAAGAUCGAGGCUUGUAUUUUGCAUCUUUGUUGCAAAGCAAGCCGCCGAGGCUCCAGUGCGAGGGCGAUGGAGGGAGGGAGUGAGAAAGAAGGCAAAGUCUUUUGUGCUUCCCCUCCCCCUCAUCAAAGCAAAGGGGAAAUGUCUCAGCCAAAGGGAGGUAAGAGGAAGCCGGUGCUCAAGCUCUCCAAGGAGGUGUUUGAGCAGCCUCCUCCUGCCGCAGUACCCCCCAGAGAUUUGGAUUCGAAAGCUUGUGUAACCAUCGGCGAGAAGAAUUUCGAGGUGAAGGCAGAUGACCUGGAGCAGAUCUGCGAGCUCGGCCGCGGAGCGUACGGCGUGGUGGACAAGAUGAGGCACGUACCCAGCGGCCUGAUAAUGGCCGUCAAGAGGAUUCGGGCCACAGUGAACAGUCAGGAGCAAAAGAGGCUGCUCAUGGACCUGGACAUCUCCAUGAGGACAGUGGACUGUUUCUUCACAGUCACCUUCUAUGGAGCACUAUUCAGAGAGGGCGACGUAUGGAUCUGCAUGGAGCUGAUGGACACCUCCCUCGACAAGUUCUACAAGCAGGUGAUCGAGAAGGGCAUGACCAUCCCCGAGGACAUCCUGGGAAAGAUCGCUGUCUCGAUAGUAAAAGCUUUGGAGCAUCUGCACAGCAAUCUGCAAGUCAUACACAGAGAUGUGAAGCCCUCCAACGUGCUGAUUAACACUCAGGGCCAGGUGAAGAUGUGCGACUUUGGAAUCAGCGGCUACCUGGUCGACUCCGUGGCUAAAACCAUGGAUGCUGGCUGUAAACCCUACAUGGCGCCGGAGAGGAUCAACCCGGAGACGAACCAGAAAGGCUACAAUGUCAAAUCUGACAUCUGGAGUUUAGGAAUCACAAUGAUCGAGCUCGCCAUCCUGCGCUUCCCGUACGACUCAUGGGGCACACCCUUCCAGCAGCUGAAGCAGGUGGUGGAAGAACCUUCGCCCCAGCUUCCUGCCGACCAGUUCUCCCCUGAGUUUGUGGACUUCACAUCUCAGUGCUUAAAGAAAGUUUCCAAAGAGCGGCCGACUUACACAGAACUCAUGCAACAUCCCUUCUUCACCUCCUAUGAGGCCAAAGAAACCGACGUGGCUAGCUUUGUGAAAGUCAUCUUGGGGGACUGAGUCACCACUCAUACAAAAGAGAGAGGUUGAAUCUGUUAAAAUGGAAAAAAAAAAAAAAAAAUUACAACAAACAAACAAAAAGCACCAAUCGCAGCCCCACCUCCCCCCCAUCCUGUUACCUGAAGGACUCCUUUCUGCCUCACCGUACUCUCACCCCUCCCUCCAGAAACAGACAGAUGGAGCCCAGAGGAGAAGCUGACGAAGCAGAACGAGGAGCUCCCCACCUUCACCUCCAUGUUCCCUGUACAUACCUGUCAUCGGAGGGGGAGGGGAGGGGAGACAGGGGGGUUAAACCAGUUCCACUCACUCAUAAUCUGGAAUAAUUGAAGAUGUCCGUAUGCAAAAACAUCCUCUUUUGGUUAGAUUUGUCUCACCUUUGUGCAUCGCCUACUACUCAAAAAUUGUUGUUAUUAGUCAGCGAGUUGACCAUGUGUGGAGUUUUAACCUGUCAUAAUGGUCAACCCCGAGUUUAUUUUUCUUUUGCUGAAAAAGUGAAAAGAGGUGCAGAUUAUAUAUAUAUUAAAAAAAAAAGAUGAAUGAUAUAAUGAUAUCUAUGUAUAAUCUAAACGUUUGUAUACUCAA